GUGCCAAAGUUAGUUUUUGGGGAAAGAAAGGAGGAGGUGGAGAUAGGCCUUAGCCACUAUGCACUCACUGCUCUCUGUGUUUGUGGAAGCUAAGCUCCCAUAAACUCUUUCUUGUUCUUUCUUUGUUUCUCUUGUUGCUGGUUAAGAAUGGCUGGAGCUCUUUUAUCUCUUUCUCUGCCUAAGCUCAAUGUAACUAAAGCUUCAACUGCAGCUAACACCACAACUAGUUUAGAAGAGAAAUUCGGUCGUAAAGGCAUAAAAUUUUGUGAGUCUGAAGGGACAGUUGAGCUGAGUGUUAGAAAUGGAAGCUCAGUGAAGCUACAGAUACCCAAUGCCCAUAUAACUUCUUACAAGCCUAAAGUUUAUUGGAAAGAUGAUGGUUUUGAGGAAGUCCUUUAUACCCUUCCUCCUUCUUCCUCUUUUUCUUCUAAUUCUAGAGGUGGCAUUGCUCUGGUAAUCAAUGAAAUCUUGGAUCCUAAAUUGUCAACAACACCACCCAAAGCUUCUUCUGAGUGGACUGUCACAGAUGUUGAUUCUGACUCUAUUGAUGCUCUCCAGGUUGAAUUGAGCUGCAGCAGAGGGAGUCUUGAUAUUAACUAUGUGGUGUCACUCUAUCCACUGAGCAUGGCAACAGCAGUUAUAGUGAAGAACAAUGGCCGCAAGCCUGUCAAGUUAACGAGUGCUAUACUAAGCCAUUUGAAGUCUAAGACAAGAGGGGGUACAGGAAUACAAGGACUCCGCAGCUGCACUUAUUGCACACAUCCUCCUUUGCCUUCUCCCUUUGAAAUUUUAUCUCCAGGGGAAGCUAUGAAAACUGAGGAGCCUGGUUUAUUCUCGUUUGGUUGGGAGCCCGAAUUGAAGCCGGGAAUAUGGUCUGCUCAAGAUGUUCCCAUCACUGUAUUGAAGCACAAGCUCAGUAGACUUUACAGUGUUCCACCAGAAGAAAGAGCAAAAGAAUUUUAUAAUUCAAUACCUUCAAAAUAUGAAACAAUUGAUCAGGGCCGUGAGCUCUUCUUCAGGAUAAUACGUAUGGGGUUUGAAGAUAUUUACUUAUCAAGUCCGGGUUCAUUUUCGGACAAGUAUGGGAAGGAAUACUUUAUCUGCACAGGCCCUGCUUCAAUGUUGGUUCCUCUUGUUGUGAAUCCUGGUGAAGAGUGGAGAGGAGCACAAGUUAUUGAGCAUGAUAAUUUAUAGUUUGAAACUGGAGUACAUAUUUUCUUUUUACAAGCUUUAUGUACCUCUUCAUUUCUUUAUCAAGAAACUGUAAUAUUAUGCAAUAUCAAAUGUACUUAGUUGAAUAUAAUUGAAAAUUCCCUUUUUGUAUCCUC